GGUCUAGGAUGGAGGCCAGAUGGUAACCUUUUGUCUUGUCAUAGAAAGCGGAGAUCUAACAGCGAGGUGGAAUCCAUAGGGAAGCUGUUGGAUCCUGCGAGGCGAGGACGUGGUUGGGGAAGAUAAGCCUCGCAUAGACCAUGGUGGCGAUAUGGGUGUUUGGGCUCGUCAUGUUGGGCGGGAGGGUGGUGCUACGACAGCAGUCGGAAUGCCGAUCGUUGCGACCAAUCACAUGCGUUAAUGGGAAAUCAGUAGGAACUCACUAUCCCGGUUUGAAUUUUGCGGCCAGACAGACGAGGGAGUCGAGCUUGAACGACUCUCGGACCAUGGACAAUGUGGGGAUGCCGGCGGAUUGGUGGAGGUUGGUCCAGUCUACGGCCCCCCUCAACAAGUGUAAGCCGAGAGAGAACGUUGGUCAACAGAGGUGUGUGAUAGCAUACUUCCGACAAACGCCGCUUUGAUAUCGGGAUUGUUGGUCGUCAGACUAAUGCCGGAUCGACCGCUCUCACAGAGGAUACGAUGGAGGCAUUGGU